GCUGCUUUUUCAUCUCUCACAUCAGAACAAGAAUCAUGACAACAAGCUUAGUGAGAGAGAAGAAGAUCAAGACCAACGGGAUUUGGUUAAACGUAGCCGAGAAAGGAGACGAAGGAAGACCUUUGGUUCUGUUACUCCAUGGCUUCCCCGAGACAUGGUUCUCUUGGCGUCACCAGAUCGAUUACUUGUCUAGCCAUGGCUACCACGUGGUCGCUCCAGACCUCAGAGGCUACGGUGACUCCGAGUUUCUUCCGAGCCACGAGUCUUACACUGUGAGCCACCUCGUCGCUGAUGUCAUCGGUUUGCUUGAUCACUACGGCACUGCUCAAGCUUUUGUGGCUGGACAUGACUGGGGAUCUGUCAUAGGUUGGUCUCUAUGCUUGUUCAGACCAGACAGAGUCAAAGGUUUCAUAAGUCUCUCUGUUCCUUACUCUCCAAGAGAUCCAAACCUCAAACCUUCAGAGUUUUCAAAAACCUUUGGAGAUGGGUUAUACAUCACUCAGUUUCAGAAACCUGGAAGAGCUGAAGCUGCAUUUGCCAAGCAUGAUUGCAAGACGGUUAUGAAGAAGUUCUUGCUAACAACGAGAACAGAUUUCAUGGUGGCUCCUCCCGGUACAGAGAUCAUCGAUGAUCUCGUGAUUCCUUCAGAGAUUCCAGAGUGGAUAACAGAAGAAGAGAUUCAGGUUUAUGCAGACAAGUUUCAGAAAAGUGGAUUCACUGGUCCGUUGAAUUACUACAGAGCCAUGGAUCUGAACUGGGAGAUAUUGGCGCCGUGGGAAGGCUCCAAGAUCCUUGUUCCGACAAAGUUUAUUGCCGGAGGCAGAGAUAUAGGAGCUAAAGAGACGAUGGAGUAUGUGAAGGGAGAGAUGUUCAAGAGUAUUGUACCUAACGUUGAGGUUGUUGUUAUUGAGGAUGGUCAUCAUUUUAUCCAGCAAGAGAAAGCUAAACACGUCUCGGAGGAGAUUCUUUCCUUCUUCAACAAGUUACGUACAACAGAGUAAAAACAUCAUGCCGUUUUUAUGGCCUUAUAAAGAAGAAACUAUGAUGCUAGUAUUCGAUUAAACUACUAAUGUGUACCCAAUAAUGAAAGCCUAGUGUGAUAUUCUUGGCAAAAUAAUGGUUAAUAAAGUAAGAAAGACAGUUUCCUAAUCUUUUA